UAACUCGGUCAGUUACUUCACAUUGCGCGGUCUCGUGGACCACCCCAAAUGCUGAACAGAGCGGACCAGAACAGAACGGAAUAGCGCAAAAGUAACUGUAAACAGUUUUCAUAAUCUGAUUUGAGGCCGAUACGAGUGCGAGAGGUUCGACACGAUGCAGUUUGUUGCCACUGAACACCAGCAUAGGCGGCUAAAUCCCCUCACCGGAACAUGGGUACUUGUCUGCCCUCAUCGCACGCAACGACCCUGGUCGGGACAGCAGGAGAAGGCACAGAAGAACGAACUUCCCGACUUUGAUCCCACCAAUCCCCUUUGUCCUGGCGUUACGCGACCCAACGGAAUUCAAACGCCCGCUUACGAGAGCACCUACGUCUUUGAGAACGACUUUCCGGCCUUGGUGGAGCAGGUACCGGCACCACCCAACAGCGAUGAUCCCCUGUUCCAGGUGGCGCCAGCGCGUGGGAACUGUCGCGUUAUGUGCUUCCAUCCCAAGUCAAACCUCACCUUGCCUACGAUGACUGCCGCGGAAAUUGUCGUUGUUAUCAACGAAUGGAUCAAUCAAUUCAACGAGCUGAGCUCCAAGUAUGCCUGGGUGCAGAUAUUCGAGAACAAGGGAGCUGCCAUGGGCUGCUCGAAUCCUCAUCCGCAUUGCCAGAUCUGGUCGUGCUCGUUUCUGCCCACAGAACCGCAGCUGAAGCAGGAGCGACUGCGCGCCUAUUAUGCCACAAACGACAGACCUCUGUUGGGCGACUAUGUGGAGCGGGAGCUGCAGCGGAGAGAGCGCAUUGUCAUCGAGAAUCCCGACUGGCUGGUGGUCGUUCCCUUCUGGGCCACCUGGCCCUUCGAGACGAUGCUAAUCUCGCGCAACAACAACAAGCGCAUCAAUGAUCUGACCCUGGAUCAGCGAUACAAUCUGGCCGUGACCAUCAAGGAGCUGACCACCAAAUAUGACAAUCUUUUCCAAUGCUCGUUCCCCUACUCCAUGGGCUGGCAUGGUGCACCGACGGGACCCGAGCAUGCCCACGCCUCUAGCGCACACUGGACGCUUCAUGCCAUCUACUAUCCACCGCUUCUGCGGUCCGCAACGGUUCGCAAAUUUAUGGUUGGAUUUGAGCUGCUGGCUAUGGCUCAGCGGGAUCUCACGCCCGAGCAGGCGGCCCAAAGGCUACGAGAAGUUGAUGGAACGUGUCAUUAUCUAGACAAAUGAUUGGCCACUGACCCUUGUGCACUGCAGUCGAUAUAUUGUAUGGUGCAACAAGCAAGGGAACAAAAUCUCAUAAAAGUAAA